AUGCUCGAGCAGAUGGCAUAUGAUAUCCGGAGUAUGGCCAUGUACGGGGCACCCGUCUGGGCGGACGCCCUCGGUCGCGCUAACAAGACGCUGCUACGACGUCCGCAGCGGGUCAUCGCGACGAGGGCGAUACGCAGUUACGAGACGAUGUCCUGGACGGCGGCGUGCGUGCUGGCCGGCGAACCCCACUGGGAACUGCAGGCGGAGAUCCUCGCCGAAAUUUACCACUUCGUGGCGGCGAGGAGAUCCCAGAAGAAGCCCCUGACUUUGGAGGAGGUCGCACGCAUGCGGAGGCAACCGCAGGAUACCCUGUUGUGGACGGAGGACCUGGCCCCGCCGGUCCCCGGGCAGUGGACGGUGGAUGCGAUCAGGCCGAUCCUUCGGAAGUGGGUGAGGCGGUAG